AUGCCGCCCAAAGCCGACUGGGAGAAGUACAAGAAGCCCGAUGCAGACUCCAAGGAUGAGGAGAAGAUCGUGGCGCUAGAUGAGGGCGAUAUCCAGCUCCUCAAGACCUACGGCCAAGGUCCAUACGCCGCCUCGCUCAAGGGCAUCGAAAACGAGAUCAAGGAGCUGCAGAAGCGCGUCAACGAAAAGAUGGGCGUCAAGGAGAGCGACACCGGUCUUGCACCACCAAAUCUUUGGGACUUGCCAGCAGACCGACAGCGCAUGGGCGAAGAGGAGCCUCUCCAGGUCGCACGUUGCACAAAGAUCAUCCGAGCCGAAACCAAGAAGGAGGGCGAAGGGUCAGAAGGAAGUGCUUCGGGAAGUGCAGGAGGCAGAUCAGGAGGUCUUGGAGGUCUGGGAGGCCUCGGAGGCUUCGGUGGCUCGUCGCAUCCGACCGCGGACGAGGAGGACAAGUACGUCAUCAACGUCAAGCAGAUCGCCAAGUUUGUAGUCUCGCUCGGCGAGCGUGUGGCGCCCACAGAUAUCGAAGAGGGCAUGCGCGUGGGUGUCGACCGCAACAAGUACCAGAUCCAGAUCCCGCUACCACCCAAGAUCGACCCUUCCGUCACCAUGAUGCAGGUCGAAGAGAAGCCAGACGUCACCUACGGCGAUGUCGGUGGCUGCAAGGAGCAGAUCGAAAAGCUCAGGGAAGUCGUUGAGCUUCCGCUGCUGUCUCCAGAACGUUUCGUCAACCUCGGUAUCGACCCACCCAAGGGUGUCUUGCUCUACGGCCCUCCCGGUACUGGUAAGACGCUCUGUGCAAGAGCCGUCGCCAACCGAACGGACGCCACUUUCAUCCGUGUCAUCGGCUCCGAGCUCGUCCAGAAGUACGUCGGAGAGGGCGCAAGGAUGGUGCGAGAGCUCUUCGAGAUGGCAAGGACCAAGAAGGCGUGUAUUAUCUUCUUUGACGAAGUCGACGCCAUCGGUGGUGCUCGAUUCGACGACGGUGCCGGAGGAGACAACGAAGUGCAGCGAACCAUGCUCGAGCUCAUCAACCAACUCGACGGUUUCGAUGCGCGAGGAAACAUCAAGGUGCUCAUGGCUACCAACCGACCCGAUACGCUCGACCCUGCGCUGCUGCGUCCCGGUCGUUUGGAUCGAAGGGUCGAGUUCGGUCUACCGGACAACGACGGUCGUGCCCACAUCUUGCGUAUCCACGCACGAUCCAUGUCGGUCGAGAAGGAUAUCCGAUACCACCUCAUUGCUCGUCUUUGCCCCAACGCUACCGGCGCCGAGCUGCGAUCGGUGGCGACAGAGGCGGGUAUGUUUGCCAUCCGUGCACGAAGAAAGAUGGCAACGGAGCGUGAUUUCCUCGAUGCGGUGGAUAAGGUGAUCCGACAGGGAAGCAAGUUCUCGUCGACAGCAUUGUACGCUCAGUACAACUAG